AUGCAGAUGCGGAGAUUAAUGGAGAUCGAAGCACCGGGGCCAACGAGAUACUUGAUCGGCGCUGCGAUCAUGAUGGUGGGCGUUGUGCUGCCCCUUGGCUACAUGAUGUUCCGCAACAAACGAGUUCCUUCCUCCUCCUCCUCCUCCUUCGCAAAGCAGACGUAGGAACAAAGGAGUGAUAUAGAGAUGCAUGAGGAAGAUUUUUUCAUCGGAUCGAAUCCAUGGAUGGACCGGCACGCUGUUAUUGGGUUCGUCUUGGUUUGAUUUUUUCCCCCUCCCUCCUUCCUGGUGGUGCAUUAUUGUUUUGAUGGCUAUAGAAGUAAAAUGUAGUUUCUUUGGAUGUUUAGGGGAAUUGGAUUGGAUAUUAUAAUACUUGAAUUUGAACGCGUUGUUUGGCUCUUGAUCCUGAUUACGAUGUCAGAUCCUGUUAACAGAUAUCGUAGAUUUUCAAUAUGCCAGCAGCUUAACUUGUAGCUCUAGUGUUUUUCUAGUUAACCAAUCUGGACAAGUUAGAAAUCCCA